AAAGCUUUUUACUCUGAAGUGACGUCAUCGUAACGUGCCAGCUGCUUCUGUGUGGUUCCUGCCUUGAAAAACAGUUUCAUGUUGACCCGCUCGCCUUUUUAAGCAAACUUUUAUUUAAUAUUGACAGUUACAAUGUUCAAUUUGGGAAGAAUACAGCUCUCAUGGUUUUUGGUUCUGGCCGCGGUAGUCGUAGCUUCGUGUUUCACCGAUGUGGAAACUGGGCCUGGUGCAGGUGUAUCGACUCAGACCACCCCAGAUCGGUUUAAAGUCGAGGGAAGGGCGAUCGUACCAGGGGUAAAAACACAAGAUUGGGUCUCCACAGCUCGAGUUCUUGUAGACGGUGAAGACUACGUGGGCUUUAUGAGGACUGAUGGCAGUUUUGCAGUCAAUGACGUCCCCUCCGGAUCUUACGUUGUCGAAAUUGUCACCCCAGGGUACCGAUUUGAGCCGGUGCGUGUUGACAUCACAUCCAAGGGGAAAAUGCGAGCACGGCUUGUGAACUACAUUAAGACUUCAGAAGUGAUCCGCCAGCCAUAUCCUCUCCAAAUAAGAGCUAGUGGCAUUCACACCUACUUCAUGAAGAGGGAAACCUGGGGCUGGACUGAUUUCCUCAUGAACCCAAUGGUUAUGAUGAUGGUGUUGCCAUUGCUGAUUAUUGUUCUACUGCCCAAAGUGGUCAAUACUAAUGACCCAGAAAUGAGAAAGGAAAUGGAGCAAUCCAUGAACAUGCUGAACCCCAACCCUGAGCUCCCAGAUGUAUCUGAGCUCAUGACAAAGCUCUUCUCUGGCUCCAAGGGUUCCAGCAAAGCGGGUGGUAGCAGUAAGGGCACCAGGCCGGCUGUCAAGAGGAGGUAGUGCGCAUACCUCAUAUGCCUGAAAAGCGCGUCAAGUCAUGGGUGCAGAAUUUUUAGGUGUCUUCCCCCCCCCCUCCUCAUUGUACUGGGUUUGUUGUACAGUUCUCUAUGUGAACAGAUGUUAACUAUUUAAAAUCUACAGAUGUGUUUUUGUUUAUAAAGUUCUAACAGAAAUCCAUUCACGUGCAGUUUUUCUUCAUUUCCUGCUGAUUCUUAAUCUGCUGUGUGGUAAUCCUUUGGUGUGCUUUGCUGCUAAUUUCCACAACCUUGAAUCAUAACAUCUAUACAUAUUGAGAUUUUUUUUUUUCCAGUAAUAUGACAGUGAAUGAUGACUUGAAUUAAUUUUUAGGACCGAAAAGCUUGGAUAAAUAAAUUGGAACGGUAUAUAAAAA